CUUUUGAAAACUGGCAUUUGGGUUCUGUUAUGGCUUAUGAGAACUGGUUGUAAAUAGAAAGAUGUGGUGGUUUGGAAGGAAUGGGGCAUCUGGGUUCUCAGCUUCAUCCACAGCAGAGGAAGUUACUCAUGGAAUUGAUGGGACUGGCCUCACUGCCAUUGUUACAGGAGCAUCGAGUGGUAUUGGCACUGAAACUGCACGGGUUCUUGCAUUGCGUGGUGUCCAUGUAGUUAUGGCAGUUAGGAAUAUGGCUGCUGGUAGGGAGGUCAAAGAAGCAAUAGCUAAGGAGAUCCCUACAGCAAAAAUUGAUGCUAUGGAGUUGGACCUUAGUUCAAUGGCAUCAGUAAGGAAUUUUGCAUCAGAAUUCAGUUCCUCGGGUCUUCCACUCAACCUCCUCAUUAACAAUGCAGGAAUCAUGGCAACACCAUUCAUGCUUUCCAAAGACAACAUAGAACUACAGUUUGCAACAAACCACAUAGGUCAUUUUCUUUUGACCAAUCUAUUGUUAGAGACCAUGAAAAAGACAGCACGUGAAAGUAACAAAGAAGGAAGGAUUGUAAAUGUCUCAUCAAGACGUCACCGCUUCUCAUAUCGUGAAGGAAUUCAUUUUGAAAUGAUCAAUGAUCAAUCAGGGUACAAUAGGCUUAGUGCAUAUGGUCAGUCAAAGCUUGCUAAUGUUUUGCAUGCUAACGAACUAUCAAGACAUCUAAAGGAUGAUGGAGCGAAUAUAACUGCAAAUUCACUUCACCCAGGAGCAAUAGCCACCAACCUUUUCCGCCAUGUCCCCCUAGUUGGAGGUUUCAUUGACAUUUUUGGUAAAUAUGUGGUUAAAAAUGUGCAGCAGGGGGCAGCAACUACAUGCUAUGUGGCAUUGCAUCCUGAGGUUAAGGGGACAACCGGCGAAUACUUUGCAGACAGUAACAUAGCCAAGGGAAGUUCACAAGCAAAUGAUCCAGAGUUGGCAAAGAAACUGUGGGAUUUUAGUUUGAGUUUGAUCAAAUGAUAGAUGCUCUAUAGCAAACACUGUUGUUAGAGAAUCUUGAAUGCAAAGGGAUUUUGUCCUGCAAAUUGUUUGGAUUACAAAAUCUCAUUCCACAAGGAUGCUGAAUCUAAUCUGAAAAAA